GUUAGGAAACACGUCUCAAAUAUCACAUAAGGUAUCAAGUUUCAAAUCAUUACUUUAAUCAACUUCGUAUUGCUUUAUGCACAGACAUACAAGUAUAAGUGAAUGUAAAUUUGUUUAAAAUGAAUCAAAUACUAAAAUUUGGAAAAAAGUAUCUAAGGGUUCCAAAAAAUUAUGAAACAAAUAUCACCACAAAAAAUACGAUAAACACAAUUCCACGAGCAAAAUCCUUACCGUUAAUCGGUACAAAAAUAGACUUGAUAAAAGGUGGAUUAGGAACAAGAUUACAUGAAUUUAUUGAUUUGCGACACCAAGAACUGGGGAAUAUAUUUAUGGAAAAUUUCGGAACGACAGAUUUAUUAUUUGUCAGUGAUGCCGAGCUCAUAAGAAAACUUUUUAUAAAUCUAGAAGGAAAAUAUCCUAGUCAUAUUCUACCUGAUCCAUGGCUAUUAUAUGAAAAACUUUACGGACAAAAAAGAGGGCUGCUAUUUAUGGAUGGUGAAGAAUGGUGGCAAAAUAGACGAAUUAUGAAUAAACAUCUAUUAAAAGAUAAUGACAAUACUUGGAUUAAUGAUUCUGUUACAAAAACAAUAACUAGUUUUACUAAACAUUGGAAAGAACAGUCGAAACACGGUAUCGUCAUAAAUGACAUUGCGUCGGAGUUAUAUAAUCUCUCUACUAAGGUUAUAAUUCAAGUAUUAAUUGGAAAUACUGACCCACCACAAGGAAAGCAUUACGAUGAAUUACUAAACAUGUUCACAGAAUCGGUUAAAAAGAUAUUUGAAACCACAACUAAACUUUAUGGUAUUCCUGUAAACUGGUGCCAUCGUUUUAAUUUAAAAGUGUGGCAGGAUUUUAAGGAAUGUGUCGAUUUAUCUCUGCUAUUAGGAAAUAAACUUCUCAAAGAAAUAUUGGCAGUAAAAAAUUCUAGUGGUUUAAUAAAAAAAAUAGGUGACGAACAAAUGGAUGAAAUAACUAUGUCUCGAAUAUUAAUAGAUUUUAUCAUUGCUGCUGGAGAUACGACCGCAUACACGUCUUUAUGGAUUUUUUAUUUGCUAUCUCAAAAUAGUAACGAGAUUACUGAAAUACGUUCGAAAAAACAAACAUAUAUUCCAUUUGUUGUAAAAGAAGCAAUGCGAUUGUACCCUGUUGCUCCAUUUUUGACCCGUAUACUACCACAGGAUAGUGUUAUAGGAGAGUACUUAGUCAAAAAAGGGACACCAAUCAUAGCAUCAAUAUACACUUCUGGUAGAAAUGAACAGUAUUUCAGUAAACCAGAAGAAUUCUUACCCUACCGUUGGGAUAGAUCAGAUGAGAGAAAAGGGAAGUUACAGAAUCAUAUUCCUUUUGCAUCUUUACCAUUCGCCCUUGGUGCUCGCUCUUGUGUAGGAAAGAAGAUAGCUAUGGCUCAACUUGCAGAGCUUAUUUGGCAGGUUGUGGAUAACUUUGACUUCAGAUGUAUGAAUGGUUCAAGUAUAAAACCCAUUACUUCACAAGCUUUAAUUCCUAACAAAAACAUUGAAUUAAGAUUCAAACUGAGAAAUGCUUAAUACAGUUAUAAUUCUGUUUUAUAAAUUAGUAAUAGGACAUUAUAUUAAAACUCUCAUAUAUAAUUUUUAAUAUAUUUUAUUAUAUAAAUUUCUGUACAAGUUUUGUA